GGGCUUAUACAGGAGCUGGUGCAAUGUCAUCGCGUCGCUAGCAGACAGCAAACUGGAGGGGUGAAACACCUGGCUGCAGACAUCAGUGGUCUCUCUAAUGCCGGCCGAGCCUCGAUACUGUCCGUGACGAAAAGAGGCCCGCUGUGGUGCUUUUUUCGUCGGUUUAAGGGAAAAAAGGAGGAAUUGUAUUUACCUCGACAGGAAGAGAGACCGGGAAGUUAAUGUGUCGAAACCUGCUUUUUUGAGGCUAACUGGACUGUGUCCUGUGUAACGCUCAAAAUGGCAAUCGCGCGACAAUUUGGACUUCUGUUGUGGAAAAAUUAUCUUCAGAAGAAACGUCAGAUCCUAGUAACCGUGGUGGAGAUCCUGCUGCCGCUGCUCUUCUCCUGCAUCCUCAUUGUGCUACGUCAGAAGGUGCCUUUUAAGGACUACCCAAAUGCCACAGUCUAUGGGAGCUUCGACGUUAACCAACUACCAGGGGGCUUGAAUAAACAGUUUCAGCUGGCCUAUGUGCCCGGUAACUCCAGUGUGGUGCGUCAGGUGGCAGAGGACGUGCGAAGCAGCCUUCUCUUCUCCGCAGUGCGUGGCUUCGAGACAGAAGAGCAGUUUGAGGAGUAUGUGAGAAGUGACCCUAAGUCAGGGAAGCUGCUGGCUGCUGUGGUGUUUGAGCAUCCAUUCACCCACGAUGAUGAACCUCUGCCCCUGAAGGUGAGCUACCACCUGCGUUUGAGCUUCUCCCCACGUAACGCCCCUGCCCAGGAGAAGUUUGAGCUGAACCCCAACAGCGAUCUGGACUGGCACACGCUCAGCCUCUUCCCCCUCUUCCAACUGCCUGGGCCGAGGGAGCAGUACGACAAGGAUGGGGGCACGCCUGGGUAUCGUCGAGAGGGAUUCCUUGCUGUACAGCACGCAGUGGACCGAGCCAUCAUGCGCUCUUUCAACAGAACGUCUGCUUCCUCUCUGCUGCGACAGACCAGAGUGGUCCUGUCACGGUUUCCUUACCCGGCCUUUAUUUACGACGUCUUCAUCCUGGCCAUUCAGAACCAGCUGCCCCUAAUACUGGUGCUCAGCUUCACCUACACCUCGCUCAACAUCGUGCGAGCCGUGGUGCAGGAGAAGGAGAGGAAGCUCAAGGAGUACAUGAGGAUGAUGGGCCUCAGCAACUGGCUCCACUGGAGCGCCUGGUUCCUCAUGUUCUCCCUCUUCCUCUCCAUUUCAAUCUUUCUCGUCACCCUACUCCUUUGUAUCCAUAUGAGCCCUAAUGGAGCAGUGCUGACCUACAGUGACCCUACGCUGGUCUUUGUCUUCCUGCUCUUCUUCACUGUGGCCACCAUCAACUUCAGCUUCAUGAUCAGUGCCUUCUUCUCACAAGCGAAUGUGGCGGCAGCAGCGGGCGGCUUCAUCUAUUUCCUGAGCUACCUGCCUUAUUUGUUCCUGUGGCCACGCUACGACCUGAUGAGCCAUGCCCAAAAAGUGUCAGCCUGCCUCAUCUCCAACGUGGCCAUGUCUAUGGGAGCUCAGCUCAUAGGAAUGUUUGAAGGCAAAGGAACGGGAAUCCAGUGGUCAAACUUGUUCGACUCGGUGACUGUGGACGAUGACUUCUCCAUGGGCCAGGUGUUGUGUUUGCUGCUGUUUGACUCUGUGAUCUAUGGGUUGGUGGCCUGGUACAUGGAGGCCGUUUUUCCAGGAGAGUACGGAGUGCCUCUUCCAUCUUACUUCUUCCUCCUGCCUUCAUACUGGUGCAGCAGCCCCCGCAUGGCUCUAGUGAAUGAGAAAGAGGAAGAGGAGGAUGCAGAGAAGGCUCUGAAAGGAGAGUUUAUAGAGGAGGAGCCAUCGGGACUUGUCUCGGGGAUCAAGAUAAAACACCUCGCUAAGGAAUUCACGAUGGGAAACAAGACACGGCAGGCUGUACGGGAUCUGACGUUAAACAUGUUCGAGGGACAGAUCACGGUGCUGCUCGGACACAACGGUGCUGGGAAGUCCACGACACUGUCCAUGCUGACAGGACUGUAUCCUCCCACCAGCGGCAGAGCCUAUAUCAACGGCUACGACAUCUGCCAGGACAUGGCUCUGAUCCGCCGCAGCCUCGGACUCUGUACACCUCUGAAAGGCUUCUCCAGAGACAAGAUUCCAGACGAGGUAGACCGCACCAUCCGUAUCCUGAACCUCGAAGAUAAGCGCCACGCUCGCUCAAAGACCCUCUCCGGUGGCAUGAAGAGAAAGCUCUCCAUUGGUAUUGCCCUCAUUGGAGACUCCAAGGUGGUCAUGUUGGACGAGCCCACAUCAGGUAUGGAUCCGUCAGCUCGACGCGCCACCUGGGACCUCCUGCAGGGGGAGAAGAGGGGUCGCACCAUCCUGCUCACCACACACUUCAUGGACGAGGCUGACCUGCUCGGCGACCGCAUCGCCAUCAUGGCAGGAGGAGAGCUGCAGUGCUGCGGGUCACCACUAUUCCUUAAGAACAAAUAUGGUGCUGGCUACCACAUGGUUAUAGUAAAGGACGCCCUUUGUAACGUGUCUGAGAUCACCCGCAUCGUCCACAUGUACGUUCCUAACGCCACGCUGGAGAGCAGUGCGGGCGCCGAGCUCUCUUUCAUCUUGCCCAAAGAAAGCACCAGCAGGUUUGAGCUGCUGUUUGCUGAGCUGGAGAUGAACAGAGAAGAGCUGGGCAUCGCCAGCUACGGAGCUUCAGUAACCACUAUGGAAGAGGUUUUCCUCAGAGUGGGAAAGUUAGUGGAUUCUAGUUUGGACAUCCAGGCCAUCCAGCUGCCAGCGCUACAGUACCAACACGAGAGACGCUCCAAUGACUGGACCGCCGAUGACGCCAGCAGCACCAGCGGCAUGACGGAUGUCACUGACUUCACUGACAGCGGCACGCUCAUCUCAGAGGACUGCUCCAACAUCAAGCUGAACACCGGGGCCAGACUACACAUUCAACAGUUCUACGCCAUGUUCUUAAAGAGGGCGCUGUACAGCUGGAGAAACUGGAAGGUGAUGGUGGCUCAGUUCCUGGUCCCUUUAGUCUUCACCAUUUUGGCCUUAGUUGUGGCACGCAGCUUGCCAAAUCACAACAAGGCCCCUCAGCUGAGGCUGGCCCUCAGUCAGUACGGCCCCACCAGGGUUCCUGUAGCCCUGCCGCCAGGGAUGGGCCCCGUGGCCUCUGCCCUGGCAAACACAUACAGCUCACAGCUCUCUGCCCAGCUUGGAAAGCUCGUCAACAUCACAGACUUCACAGAUUACGUCCUGACCCAGGCAGAGGAAGAAGGCGGCAGCUUUAAUGAGCGCUGUGUGGUGGGUGCGGCUUUCCGUGGCAGCAGCAGCAAAUAUACAGAAGUGACGGCCUAUUUCAACAACGCAGGCUACCAUACAUCCGCCGCAGCCCUCAUGUUGGUGGACAAUGCUCUGUUCAAGCAUCUAGCAGGACCCAAUGCUUCCAUCCAGACGGGAAACUACCCAAUGCCACGCAACAUGUCUGAGACCGCCCAGAGCCAGCUCAGAGAGGGAAGAACCGGUUUCAUCAUUGCCAUCAACCUGAUGUACGGUAUGGCCUCCCUGUCCAGCACGUUUGCCCUACUUCUCGUAACAGAGUCCUCUAUCAAGUCCAAGCAUGUACAGCAGGUCAGCGGUGUCUACCUGUCAAACUUCUGGUUCUCUGCCCUGCUGUGGGACCUGAUCAACUUCCUGCUGCCCUGCCUUCUCAUGCUGGUGGUUUUUCAGGCAUUCGGAGUCAAGGCUUUCACGGACAACUGCCACCUGGUAGAUGUGUUGUUGUUACUGCUGCUGUAUGGCUGGGCUGUUGUGCCUCUUAUGUACCUGCUCAGCUUCCUCUUCUCCAGUGCAGCUACUGCCUACACCCGCCUCACCAUCUUCAACAUUAUCUCUGGCACGGCCACCUUUCUGUCUGUCACCAUUUUGGCCAUCCCAGAGUUACAUAUGAAGCACCUGUCUUACUUGCUGGAUAAGGUUUUCCUGAUCUUCCCAAACUAUUGCCUGGGCAUGUCCUUCAGCCAGUUCUACCAGAACUACGAAUUCAUCACGUUCUGCAACUCCAGUCCACCAUUCAGCCUGAUGGCGUGUGAAAUAUUGAACAUUACCUUCCAGCCAAACUAUUUCUCGAUGAGUGAACCUGGUGUGGGACGCUUCGUCGUGGCCUUCGCGAUACAGGGUUUAGUCUUCAUUAUUCUGCUGUUUGUCAUCGAGAUGCAGUGUGUCCGAACUCUCCGGCGAUUCGUCACCUCCCUGUUCAGAAGACAUAAACAGUUCGCUCAUACAGAGGAUGCAGCUCUGCUUCCGGAGGACAGGGAUGUGGCUGAAGAGAGAAAGAGGGUCCUGGAGUGUCAGCCGGUGGUAGAGUCUAUGGUCGGCAGCCCCCUCGUAAUGCAGGAGCUCAGCAAGGUGUACAGCAGCGGGUCGACUCUUCUCGCUGUGGACCGGCUGUCUUUAGCUGUGGGGAAAGGGGAGUGUUUCGGCCUCUUGGGCUUCAAUGGAGCAGGCAAGACCACGACUUUUAAGAUGCUGACUGGUGAUGAGACUGUGACCUCUGGGGAUGCCUACAUUGAUGGAUACAGCAUCUUGAGGGACAUUAAAAAGGUGCAGCAGCGCAUUGGUUACUGUCCUCAGUUUGACGCCGUGUUGGACCACAUGACAGGAAGAGAAACUCUGAGUAUGUAUUCAAGGCUCAGAGGAAUACCAGAGAGGUAUGUGUCCGGCUGCGUGGAGAAUGUCCUGAGGUCGCUGCUGCUGGAGCCUCAUGCUGACAAACUGGUCCGCAGCUACAGUGGAGGUAACAAGAGGAAGCUGAGUGCAGGCAUGGCUCUCAUUGGUGGGCCUCCGGUCAUCUUCCUGGACGAGCCUUCGACAGGGAUGGACCCCGUGGCCAGGAGGCUGCUGUGGGACGCUGUGACACGCACACGGGAGUCUGGAAAGGCCAUCAUCAUCACGUCUCAUAGUAUGGAGGAGUGUGAGGCUCUGUGCACCCGGCUGGCAGUGAUGGUCAACGGGCAGUUCAAGUGCCUCGGGAGUCCCCAGCAUCUGAAGAGCAAAUUCGGCAGUGGCUACACCCUGCUGGCCAAAGUACACAUCGAGGCUGAGCUGGAGGACAGCGACCUGCAGCUUUUUAAAGACUUUAUUGAAAGUACCUUCCCAGGAAGUCAACUAAAGGAUGAGCACCAGGGAAUGGUGCACUAUCAUUUGACAGACAAAACACUAUCCUGGGCACAGGUGUUUGGCACUUUGGAGGCAGCCAAAGAGAAGUAUCAGAUUGAAGACUACUGUGUGAGCCAGAUAUCACUGGAGCAGGUGUUCCUUAGCUUUGCCCAGUUUCAGCACUGCAUAGAGUGUGGGAAGAACUUUCAAAGAAAUAUGGGUCUGUGUUUACGGUAUACUUCGGAACCAAUAAAGUAGUGGUGCUGGCUGGAUACAAGACAGUAAAGGAGGCUCUGGUCAGCAAUGCAGAAGAGUUUGGUGAAAGAGAAAUCUCCCCUACUU